GAGGGGGGGCGGCGGCGGCGGCGGCGGCGGCUGAACGAUGUGCGAGAACUGCGCAGACCUGGUGGAGGUGUUCAAUCAAAUAUCAGACAUUGAAAGUGGUGAUGGACUGCAGCUCAGAAAGGAACAUACUCUCAAGAUAUUUGCUUAUAUCAACUCCUGGACGCAAAGACAAUGUCUGUGCUGCUUCAAGGAAUAUAAGCACUUGGAAAUUUUUAACCAAGUAGUAUGUGCGCUUAUUAACUUAGUGAUUGCCCAAGUUCAAGCGCUUCGGGACCAGCUUUGUAAACAUUGCACUAUUAGCAUAGAUUCAACAUGGCAAGAUCAGAGUAAUCAAGCUGAUGGGCCACUGAAUGUAGAAAGAGAGUCUCAUGAAGAAGAAAAUACUGAAAGACAAAAAUCAGUAGAGAAAAAAAUAGACUCUUCAAGAAUUUGUAGUCUGACGGAAGAGGAAUCUACGAAGAGUUCUGAUCCUUUUAUCUUAUGGAAUACUGAUGAGAAGGAAAAACUCUUGUUAUGUGUGGCAAAAAUCUUUCAGAUUCAGUUUCCCUUAUAUACUGCAUACAAGCAUAACACACAUCCGACGAUAGAGGAUAUUUCCGCCCAAGAAAGCAAUAUAUUAGGGGCAUUCUGUGAUAUGAAUGAUGUAGAAGUACCAUUGCACUUGCUUCGUUAUGUUUGUCUGUUUUGUGGAAAAAAUGGCCUUUCCCUCAUGAAGGAUUGUUUUGAAUAUGGAUCCCCUGAAACUUUGCCGUUUCUUAUAGCACAUGCGUUUAUUACAGUUGUAUCUAAUAUCAGAAUAUGGCUGCACAUCCCUGCUGUCAUGCAGCACAUUAUACCAUUUAGGACCUAUGUUAUUAGGUAUUUAUGCAAACUCUCCGACCAGGAGUUAAGACAGAGUGCAGCUCGCAACAUGGCUGAUUUAAUGUGGAGCACAGUGAAAGAACCAUUGGAUACAGCUUUAUGUUUUGAUAAAGAAAGUCUUGAUCUGGCAUUUAAGUACUUUAUGUCACCCACUUUGACUAUGCGAUUGGCUGGAUUGAGUCAGAUAACAAAUCAACUUCACACCUUCAACGAUGUGUGUAAUAAUGAAUCGUUAGUUUCAGACACAGAAACGUCCAUUGCAAAAGAGCUUGCAGACUGGCUUAUUAGCAACAAUGUUGUUGAGCAUAUCUUUGGACCAAAUUUACACAUUGAGAUUAUCAAACAGUGUCAAGUGAUUUUGAAUUUUCUGGCAGCUGAAGGGCGACUGAGCACGCAGCAUAUAGAUUGCAUUUGGGCUGCAGCACAGUUGAAGCAUUGUAGUCGCUAUAUACAUGAUCUGUUUCCCUCACUCAUCAAAAAUUUGGAUCCUGUCCCACUUAGACAUCUCCUUAAUCUUGUCUCAGCUCUUCAUCCAAGUGCUCAUACUGAACAGACAUUAUAUUUGGCAUCAAUGCUUAUUAAGGCAUUGUGGAACAAUGCACUAGCAGCUAAGGCCCAGCUAUCAAAACAGAGUUCAUUUGCAUCUUUACUUAAUACCAAUCUUCCUAUGGGAAAUAAGAAAGAGGAAGAAGAGCUCAGAAGAGCAGCCCCAUCGCCUUGGUCACCCGCAGCUAGUCCCCAAAGCAGUGAUAACAGUGAUACGCAUCAAAGCGGAGGCAGCGACAUCGAAAUGGAUGAGCAACUUAUGAACAGAACCAAGCACGUGCAGCAGCGACUUUCAGAUACGGAGGAAUCCAUGCAAGGAAGUUCUGAUGAAACUGCUAAUAGUGGUGAGGAUGGGAGUAGCGGCCCUGGUAGCAGUAGCGGACACAGCGACGGAUCCAGUAAUGAAGUGAAUUCUAGCCACGCAAGCCAAUCUGCUGGGAGCCCCGGUAGUGAGGUGCACUCAGAAGAUAUUGCAGAUAUUGAAGCUCUCAAAGAAGAUGAUGAAGAUGAAGACCGGGCCCAUAAUCCCCCCAAAAGCAGUCGGAACACAGAACUCCGAAACCGAAAACUGGAAUCACAAACUGGCAUUUGCUUGGGGGAUCCCCAGGGCCCAUCCGAGAGGAACGGUGCAAGCAACGGUACCGGAAAGGACCUCGUUUUUAACCCCGAGUCCGUGCCACCGGUCGAUAAUCGAAUCAGGAUGCUCGAUGCCUGUUCUCGCCCAGAAGACCCCGAACACGACAUGGCAGGGGAAAUGAGCACGGCUCACUUAUCUCAAGGGUCUCAGGAUUCUUGUAUCACACGAACGGAGGACUUCCUUGGGGAGGCAAUUGGCAACGAGUUAUUUAAUUGCCGACCGUUUAUUGGGCCGCAGCAUCACCACCACCAUCACCACCACCACCACCAUCACCACCACCACCACCACGACGGACAUCUGGUUGAUGAUAUGCUUAGUGCAGAUGAUGUCAGUUGCAGUAGUUCCCAGGUCAGUGCAAAAUCAGAGAAAAAUAUGGCAGAUUUUGAUGGGGAGGAAUCUGGUUGCGAAGAAGAACUUGUGCAAAUCAACUCACAUGCAGAACUAACAUCUCAUCUCCAACAGCACCUUCCCAAUCUGGCAUCCAUCUACCACGAACACCUUAGCCAAGGCCCAGCAGUUCAUAAACAUCAAUACAACAGUAAUGCUGUGACAGAUAUUAACUUGGAUAAUGUUUGUAAGAAGGGAAAUACUUUGUUGUGGGAUCUGGUCCAGGAUGAAGAUGCAAUUCAUCUCUCUGAAGGAUUAAUAAAUGAAGCGGAGAAGCUUCUCUGCUCCUUAGUGUGCUGGUUUACAGAUCGACAGAUCCGAAUGAGAUUCAUUGAAGGCUGCCUGGAAAAUUUAGCGAACAACAGAUCAGUAGUGGUUUCACUGCGUCUUCUUCCAAAAUUGUUUGGUACCUUUCAGCAAUUUGGGAGCAGUUAUGAUACACACUGGAUAACAAUGUGGGCAGAAAAAGAAUUAAACAUGAUGAAGCUCUUCUUUGAUAAUUUGGUACACUACAUUCAAGCUGUAAGGGAAGGACGACAUAAACACGCCCUGUACAGCCACAGUGCAGAGGUUCAAGUUCGACUUCAAUUUUUGACAUGCGUCUUCUCAACUCUGGGAUCACCAGAUCAUUUCAGGUUGAGUUUAGAGCAAGUCGACAUUUUAUGGCACUGUUUAGUAGAAGAUUCUGAGUGUUAUGAUGAUGCACUACACUGGUUUUUAAAUCAAGUUCGAAGUAAAGAUCAGCAUGCUAUGGGAAUGGAAACAUAUAAACAUCUUUUCCUGGAAAAGAUGCCGCAGUUAAAACCUGAGACCAUCAGUAUGACUGGUCUAAACCUAUUUCAGCAUCUCUGCAAUUUGGCUCGACUAGCUACUAGUGCCUAUGACGGUGGCUCAAACUCUGAGCUCUGUGGAAUGGACCAGUUCUGGGGCAUUGCUUUAAGAGCACAGUCCGGCGAUGUCAGCCGAGCAGCAAUUCAGUAUAUCAACUCCUACUAUAUUAAUGGAAAGACAGGUUUGGAGAAAGAGCAGGAGUUUAUUAGCAAAUGCAUGGAAAGUCUUAUGAUAGCAUCCAGUAAUCUUGAACAGGAUUCUCACUCAAGUCUCACCAUAAUUGAAAGAGGGCUUCUUAUGCUGAAAACACAUCUGGAAGCUUUUAGAAGAAGGUUUGCAUAUCAUCUGCGACAGUGGCAAAUUGAAGGCACGGGUAUCAGCAGUCACUUGAAAGCUCUUAGUGACAAACAGUCUUUGCCACUGAGAAUCGUAUGUCAACCAGCUGGACUUCCCGACAAGAUGACUAUCGAAAUGUAUCCUAGUGACCAGGUUGCUGAUUUAAGGGCCGAAGUAACCCACUGGUAUGAAAACCUACAGAAGGAACAAAUAAACCAACAAGCUCAGCUUCAGGAGUUUGGGCAAAGCAGUCGAAAAGGAGAUUUUCCUGGAGGUCUCAUGGGACCUGUUAGAAUGAUCUCGUCUGGUCAUGAACUAACAACAGAUUAUGAUGAAAAAACACUUCAUGAACUAGGCUUUAAGGACAUGCAGAUGGUGUUUGUAUCCCUGGGUGCACCUAGGAGGGAACGGAAAGGAGAAGGUGUUCAGCUGCCAGCAUCUUGCCUCCCUCCCCCACAGAAGGACAACAUUCCAAUGCUUUUACUUCUACAAGAACCCCACCUUACUACCCUGUUCGAUUUAUUAGAGAUGCUUGCGUCUUUUAAACCUCCAUCCGGAGAAGUAGCGAUGGAAGACAGUGAGAGUGCAAGAUGUGAAGAACUUCAUCUUCAUGCAGAGAAUCUGUCCAGGCGUGUAUGGGAGUUAUUGAUGCUUCUUCCUACGUGCCCUAACAUGUUACAGGCAUUCCAAAGUAUUUCAGAAGACCAGGGUAAUGAUGGACUUAAUUGGAAAGAACUUCUUAGAAUAAAGAGUGCCCAUAAACUUUUGUAUGCCCUUGAAAUCAUUGAAGCGCUGGGCAAGCCUAACAGAAGAAUAAGACGAGAGUCUACGGGAAGUUAUAGUGACCUUUAUCCAGACUCUGAUGACUCAAGUGAAGAUCAAAUAGAAAAUAGUAAAAAUACCUGGAGCUGCAAGUUUGUUGCUGCUGGAGGGCUUCAACAGUUGUUAGAAAUUUUUAAUUCUGGAAUUCUAGAGCCUAAAGAGCAGGAAUCAUGGACUGUGUGGCAGUUGGACUGUCUGGCCUGUUUGCUGAAGUUAAUAUGCCAGUUUGCAGUAGACCCAUCAGAUCUGGAUUUAGCAUAUCACGAUAUCUUUGCUUGGGCUGGUAUAGCAGAGAGUCACAGGAAAAGAACCUGGCCUGGCAAAUCGAGAAAGACUGCUGGAGAUCAUGCUAAAGGCCUUCACAUUCCCCGUUUAACAGAGGUAUUUCUUGUUCUUGUCCAAGGAACCAGCUUGAUUCAUCGGCUUAUGUCCGUGGCUUACACGUAUGACAACUUGGCACCUCGAGUUUUGAAAGCUCAGUCUGACCAUAGGUCAAGGCAUGAAGUCACCCAUUAUUCAAUGUGGCUCUUGGUGAGUUGGGCUCACUGCUGCUCUUUGGUGAAAUCUAGUCUGGCUGACAGUGAUCAUUUGCAAGACUGGCUAAAAAAACUGACUCUUCUUAUUCCAGAGACUGCUGUCCGUCAUGAAUCCUGUAAUGGGCUAUACAAGUUAUCUCUGUCUGGGCUUGAUGGAGGGGACUCAAUAAAUCGAUCGUUUCUGUUACUGGCUGCCUCAACGUUACUAAAAUUUCUUCCGGAUGCUCAGGCACUCAAGCCCAUCAGGAUAGAAGAUUAUGAAGAAGAACUAGUGUUAAGGCCUGGAUGUAAGGAAUAUUUUUGGUUAUUAUGCAAAUUGAUUGAUAACAUCCAUGUAAAAGAUGCCAGUCAGACAACACUGCUUGAUUUAGACGCCCUGGCGAGACAUCUGGCCGACUGUAUUCGGAGCAGGGAAAUCCUCGAUCAUCAGGAUGGUAACAUAGAAGAUGAUGGACUUACAGGACUCCUUCGUCUCGCCACAAGUGUUAUUAAGCACAAACCACCCUUUAAAUUUUCACGUGAAGGACAGGAAUUUCUAAGAGACAUCUUCAAUUUGCUGUUUUUGUUGCCAAGUCUAAAAGACCGACAACAGCCAAAAUGCAAAUCACAUUCUUCAAGAGCAGCUGCUUAUGAUUUGUUGGUAGAGAUGGUAAAAGGAUCCGUUGAGAACUACAGGCUUCUACACAACUGGGUUAUGGCCCAACAUAUGCAGUCAUCCCAUGCCCCCUACAAAUGGGACUAUUGGCCUCAUGAUGAUGUUCGAGCAGAAUGUAGGUUUGUUGGCCUAACGAAUCUUGGAGCCACUUGUUAUUUGGCAUCCACAAUUCAGCAGCUGUAUAUGAUUCCUGAAGCCAGACAAGCCAUCUUUACCGCCAAGUAUUCAGAAGAUAUGAAGCACAAGACCACUCUAUUGGAGCUUCAGAAAAUGUUUACAUAUUUAAUGGAGAGUGAAUGCAAAGCCUAUAAUCCUAGACCUUUCUGUAAAACCUAUACCAUGGAUAAGCAGCCACUUAAUACAGGAGAACAGAAAGAUAUGACAGAAUUCUUCACUGAUCUGAUAACCAAAAUUGAAGAAAUGUCCCCAGAGCUGAAAAAUACCGUGAAAAGUUUGUUUGGAGGUGUCAUCACAAACAAUGUUGUGUCCUUAGACUGUGAGCAUGUCAGUCAGACUGCUGAAGAAUUCUAUACUGUGAGAUGCCAGGUGGCAGAUAUGAAGAAUAUUUAUGAAUCUCUUGACGAAGUUACUAUCAAAGAUACUUUAGAAGGCGACAACAUGUAUACUUGUUCUCAUUGUGGAAAAAAAGUGCGAGCAGAGAAAAGGGCAUGUUUUAAGAAACUGCCUCGUAUUUUGAGUUUCAACACCAUGAGAUAUACAUUUAACAUGGUAACUAUGAUGAAGGAAAAAGUCAACACACACUUUUCAUUCCCUUUACGUUUGGAUAUGACACCUUAUACAGAAGACUUUCUUAUGGGAAAAAAUGACAGAAAAGAAGGCUUUAAAGAGGAAGGCGACCAUUUCAAAGAAGCUGAGAGCUAUGAAUAUGACUUGAUAGGUGUGACAGUUCAUACUGGAACAGCAGAUGGUGGACAUUAUUAUAGCUUUAUCAGAGAUAUAGUGAAUCCACAUGCUUAUAAGAAUAACAAAUGGUAUCUUUUUAAUGAUGCUGAAGUAAAACCUUUUGAUUCUGCUCAACUUGCUUCUGAAUGUUUUGGAGGAGAAAUGACUACCAAGACCUACGAUUCGGUUACAGAUAAAUUUAUGGAUUUCUCCUUUGAAAAGACCCAUAGUGCAUAUAUGCUGUUUUAUAAGCGCAUGGAACGAGAGGAAGAAAAUGGUAGAGACUUCAAAUUUGAUGUUUCGUCAGAGUUGCUGGAGUGGAUUUGGCAUGAUAAUAUGCAAUUUCUUCAGGACAAGAACAUUUUUGAGCAUACAUACUUUGGAUUCAUGUGGCAGUUGUGUAGUAGCAUUCCAAGUACGUUACCAGAUCCAAAAGCUGUGUCCUUAAUGACAGCAAAGCUGAGCACUUCUUUUGUCCUGGAAACAUUUAUCCAUUCAAAAGAAAAGCCCACAAUGCUUCAGUGGAUUGAGCUAUUAACCAAGCAGUUUAAUAACAGCCAGGCAGCUUGUGAGUGGUUUUUGGACCGGAUGGCUGAUGAUGACUGGUGGCCAAUGCAGAUCUUAAUUAAGUGUCCCAAUCAAAUCGUGAGACAGAUGUUUCAGCGUUUAUGUAUUCACGUGAUUCAGAGACUGAGACCUGUGCAUGCUCAUCUCUAUCUUCAACCUGGGAUGGAAGAUGGUUCAGAUGAUUUGGAUGGACCAGUGGAAGACAUUGGCAGUCGCUCCUGUGUCACUCGCUUUGUAAAAACACUUUUGUCGAUUAUGGAACAUGGUGUGAAACCACACAGUAAACAUCUCACAGAGUACUUUGCCUUUCUAUAUGAAUUUGCCAAAAUGGGAGAAGAGGAGAGCCAGUUUUUGCUUUCAUUGCAAGCCAUAUCGACAAUGGUACAUUUUUACAUGGGGACUAAAGGGCCUGAAAAUCCCCAAGUUGAAGUACUGUCUGAGGAAGAAGGUGAAGAGGAAGAGGAAGAGGAAGACAUUCUUUCUCUAGCAGAAGAAAAAUACAGGCCAGCUGCCUUAGAAAAGAUGAUUGCUUUGGUUGCCCUUUUAGUCGAACAGUCCCGCUCAGAAAGGCAUCUGACUUUGUCGCAAAAUGAUAUGGCUGCAUUAACGGGAGGAAAGGGCUUUCCCUUCUUGUUUCAACACAUACGUGAUGGAAUAAACAUCAGACAAACUUGUAAUUUGAUUUUCAGCCUUUGUCGAUAUAAUAAUCGUCUUGCAGAACAUAUUGUAUCCAUGCUUUUCACAUCUAUAGCAAAGCUGACACCCGAGGCAGCUAAUCCUUUUUUUAAAUUACUGACAAUGCUAAUGGAGUUUGCUGGAGGCCCCCCUGGAAUGCCUCCGUUCGCAUCAUACAUUCUACAAAGGAUAUGGGAGGUGAUUGAAUAUAACCCUUCUCAGUGCCUCGAUUGGUUGGCAGUUCAGACUCCCCGCAAUAAGCUGGCACACAGUUGGGUGUUGCAGAAUAUGGAGAACUGGGUUGAGCGUUUUCUUUUGGCACACAACUAUCCUAGAGUCAGGACUUCGGCAGCCUAUCUUCUGGUGUCCCUUAUUCCAAGCAACUCAUUCCGUCAGAUGUUCCGGUCCACCCGGUCUUUGCACAUCCCCACACGCGACCUGCCGCUAAGCCCCGACACCACGGUAGUCCUGCAUCAGGUCUACAACGUACUUCUCGGCUUGCUCUCCAGAGCAAAACUCUACGUGGACGCUGCUGUCCACGGUACCACGAAGCUGGUACCCUACUUCAGUUUCAUGACCUACUGCCUGAUCUCCAAAACGGAGAAGCUCAUGUUUUCCACGUAUUUCAUGGACCUGUGGAACCUUUUCCAGCCUAAGCUUUCUGAGCCAGCAAUAGCCACCAACCACAAUAAGCAAGCUCUGCUUUCCUUCUGGUACAACGUGUGCGUCGACUGUCCGGAGAACGUCCGCCUCAUUGUGCAGAACCCAGUGGUGACGAAGAACAUCGCCUUCAAUUACAUCCUCGCAGACCACGACGAUCAGGAUGUGGUGCUCUUUAACCGGGGGAUGCUCCCCGCCUACUAUGGCAUCCUGAGGCUCUGCUGUGAGCAGUCCCCCGCCUUCACGAGGCAGCUAGCUUCUCAUCAGAACAUUCAGUGGGCCUUUAAGAACCUCACACCGCAUGCCAGUCAGUACCCUGGAGCAGUGGAAGAACUGUUUAAUCUGAUGCAACUGUUUGUAGCUCAGAGGCCAGACAUGAGAGAAGAAGAACUAGAAGAUAUUAAACAAUUUAAGAAAACCACAAUAAGUUGUUAUUUGCGCUGCUUGGAUGGUCGUUCCUGCUGGACUACUUUAAUAAGUGCCUUCAGAAUACUAUUGGAAUCUGAUGAAGACAGACUUCUUGUUGUAUUUAAUCGAGGGUUAAUCCUGAUGACUGAGUCUUUCAACACGUUGCACAUGAUGUACCAUGAAGCCACCGCUUGCCACGUGACUGGAGACUUGGUGGAACUUCUUUCAAUCUUCCUCUCGGUCCUGAAGUCUACCCGUCCUUACCUCCAGAGAAAAGAUGUGAAACAAGCGUUAAUCCAGUGGCAGGAGCGAAUAGAAUUUGCGCAUAAACUCCUAACCCUGCUUAAUUCUUACAGUCCUCCAGAACUUAGAAAUGCGUGUAUAGAUGUCCUCAAGGAACUUGUGCUUUUGAGCCCCCAUGAUUUCCUGCACACUCUUGUCCCAUUUCUACAGCACAACCAUUGCACCUACCACCACAGUAAUCUCCCAAUGUCACUGGGACCUUACUUCCCGUGCCGUGAAAAUCUCAAGCUAAUAGGAGGGAAAAGCAAUAUCCGGCCUCCCCGUCCAGAGCUCAAUAUGUGCCUCUUGCCCACGAUGGUGGAAACCAGCAAGGGCAAAGAUGAGGUUUAUGAUCGAAUGCUGCUAGACUACUUCUUUUCCUAUCAUCAGUUCAUUCACCUGUUAUGCCGAGUCGCAAUCAACUGUGAAAAGUUUACUGAAACGUUAGUUAAGCUGAGUGUCCUCGUUGCCUACGAAGGUUUGCCACUUCAUCUUGCACUGUUCCCUAAACUCUGGACUGAGCUUUGCCAGACCCAGUCCGCUAUGUCGAAAAACUGCAUUAAGCUUCUGUGUGAAGACCCCGUUUUUGCUGAGUACAUUAAAUGUAUCCUGAUGGACGAAAGGACCUUCCUUAACAACAACAUUGUCUACACGUUCUUGACACAUUUCCUCCUAAAGGUUCAAGGCCAGGUUUUUUCCGAAGCGAACUGCAGCAGCCUGAUCAAUACGCUCAUCACCAAUCUGAUCAAUCAGUAUCAAAGCCUACAGACUGAUUUUACCAGCCAGCGAGUUGAAAUUUCCAAAGCAAGUUCUUCUUUAAAUGGGGACCUUCGAGCCCUCGCUCUGCUCCUCUCGGUGCACACUCCCAAGCAGCUGAACCCGGCCCUGAUCCCAACUCUGCAGGAGCUUUUAAGCAAGUGCAGGACGUGUCAGCAACAGCGAAACUCACUCCAAGAGCAAGAAGCCAAAGAAAGAAAAACUAAAGAUGACGAAGGCGCGACUCCCGUGAAGAGGCGGCGCGUGAGCAGCGACGAGGAGCACACGGUCGACAGCUGCCUCGGCGACCUGAAGGCGGAACCCCGGGAGGUGCUGACCCCAACCAGCACUUCGGACAACGAGACGAGGGACUCCUCCAUCAUCGACCCGGGCACCGAGCAGGACCCCCCCUCCCCUGAGAACGGCUCCGUCAAAGAGUACCGGGCGGAGGCUCCAUCUUCGUUUUCAGAAGACGGGUCGAGCGCGAGGUCGCAGCACGCCGACGAGCAGGCCAGCAACGGGCAGCUGGAGGAAUGUAAGGAGUUGAAAGCCCCGCCGGGCUGUCCGGAGCCCCACGAGGACGAGCCCGAGUUCCCCUCCACGUCCAUCGCCGCCGUCCUGUCCGACUUAGCCGACCUGAGGGGCUGCGAUGGUCAGGCCGGGCCCCCCCAGGACCCCGAGACUAGUUUACCGCUCGGCUGUGGCCAUUCCAGGGGACUUCUGAGUCACGUGCAGCAACAUGACAUUUUAGACACCCUCUGUAGGACCAUCGAGUCGAUGAUUCACAUGGUCACGCGGAUAUCUGGCAAAGGACACCAAGCUGCUUCUUGACAUUGGAUGUAGCAUGUCUGCUUUUAAGUCUCUUUUCUUUUUUUUUUUCUCCUCUCCCCCCCCCAAGAUGCUGUUUGUAUGAGUUUCGCUUAUUUCUGUUUUCGUGCUUCGGUUUGUCCAGUGCUCUCUGCUUGAAUGGCAAGAUAGAUUUAUAGGCUUAAUUCUUGGUCAGGCAGAACUCCAGAAGAGAAAUUUUGCAUCUCCAGUACACUUUCUUAAGGGCAAUCAGAUAAUGGAUAUGUUUUAUGUAAUUAAGAGUUCACUGUAGUGGCUUUCAUUUAAUAUGGCUGUCUGGGAGAAACAGGGCUUCCCGGCCCUGAACGAUGUAAUUUAAACUUAUGGCAUUUUUACUGUGUAUAAUAUGGUGUCCUCUGUGCCAGUUUUGUACCUUAUAAUAGAGGCAGAUUGCCUCAGAUCGCUGUGGUUCUUAUUAUCAAAAUUAAGUUUACUUGUAUACGAAACAACCACAAGAAAUUUGAUUCUGUAAAGAAUCCUCUUUAGCUGUGGCCUGGCAGUAUAUAUAUGGUGCUUUAUUUAACAGAAUACCUGUGGAGGAAAUAAAGCACACUUGAUGUAAAAAUAAUUGUUUUAUUUUUAUUGACAUGACCGAUUGCUAUUCUGUGCACUUCAUUAAACUGAUUGUGAUGACUUUUCA